AUGCCAGGUCACGUUGGCAACUCCGACCCUGCCGAGAGCAACAGGCAAACCCAUCACCUCCCGUCUGCCUCGUUUCUCAAUACUCUCCCUCGCAAGUCUUCUCAGAGGGCUCUUGUCGCGGGGGAGAAUAUCUCCUUCCAGCAUCGCAAUACCGUCCCGCCCAUCUCCCCCAGCGCUGCCACGACGUCGAACAGCGACGACACCGGUGGCUUCAAUACUCGAAAAACUCGCAGCACUGACGUUCACGGUCGGCAAUCGGCCUCUCCCGACGUCUCUGUUCAAAAUGAAGCUCCAACUCGAGGCAAUUGGACGAGUUCGGCCAGGACGCCUUGGACUCCUGGCUUUGAACGAGCGAUGAACCAAUUCGAGCCGAACGGAUCACCUUCUAUUCGUCUUCCUCAUCGAAUUGAACAUGGUCGUCCUGGAAGUUGCAUAUCCAAGACACUUAUUCGACCUGGCCCUGUGCCUCCUCGGAGUGCGGCGGCAAGAUCUAUCGCCGCAGCCGCUGCAAGCAACAGCGAUUCGAGCGCCGGUCCCAAGGUCAAUGGCGUUGGUGUUGACCUCUCCAGUAUCCGGGAGUCUAUUGAAAGCACCGUUGAGCGCCAGGUUGCCGAUGCCCUCGCCCCCCUUCGCUUCAUUGUCACCAGCAUGCACGGGACCGUCACAGCGACAGCGCAGGAGAAUGCAGACUUCCAUGAGCAGAACAAUACCCUCAGCCGCCAGCUCGAUUUGCAGUAUCAUCAGAUUCGGCAACAUUCUGAAAAUACCAGCUCGCAAAUCAGCGCUCUGCUCCAUCUCAUCGAGACCCAGAGCACGGUUGGCCAAGGUGUCACCAACAGCUUGAACAUUCUCAACAAUGUUGCCAGCCAACUUACUCAUGCCGUCACCAACGUCCCCCAUUUUGUUGGAAACCUGGUUCAGUCCUCUGUGGCCCCUACCGUGCAGAAAAUUGUAUCGAGAGGGACGCAAACCACACUUGAUCUUGCUAUUUCUGCCGAGCGACAGAUUGAUAGCAUCUCUAACAACCACAGUGAGCAAAGCGCGCAGCUCGAGAGGCAGUGGGACGAAAUCAGCAAUCAACUCGCUGUCAUACUUCAAGAGAUCAGGCACCAACCGCAACGUCUGCACAGUGUUGAAAUGGAGUCAUUGAGACAGGACGAUGUGGCCGAGGAUGAAGUGAAGCAAAAUAAGAGAGGGGUUCUCCAGGAGGUGGAACUAAGCCGCAAGUGCGGUAGCCGAGACGUCAAGUUUUUCUUCAAGAAGCUCCUGAAGAUUGUUGACCGAAAGAUGGAGAGGAUGGCUUCCAGUAGCUAG